AUGUCGCACUCCGGCUAUUCGAUGUCAAACCAAUUCGGGAACCCCAAUGAAGGGGUUGACCCCUCGGAGUUGAGCAUGCAGAACGGCUUCAUGUCAUACCCGUUCUCCUCGCAACAGAACCUCUCCUCCAGUUUUAAUUUCGGUAACUCUGGGAUUGAUACCGAUGAGCUGCUGGAUUUGGAGAUCAACGGCCACAAUGGAGUCCAGCAGAACUAUCUCCAGGAGCAACAGUCUAGCGCUGGGAUCUCGAUGAGUCACCCUGGCCAAAUGUCACAGAUGUACUCCAACACGCCAGAUGGAGCUCCCAUGCACAGUCCCUUCAUGCAUAGUUUCAAUUAUGACCACUUCCGGAGCAUGGGCCAGCCAGGACAAGCGCCUCACCUCCAGGGCAAUGGAUCCCAUUUUGACCAGAGCUAUCUGAAUGCCAAGGCUCGGCCAAGCAUACAAGCGCUCGACCGGGCCUCGUAUGACGGGCGCAGCCCGAUGACCCCGAAGACCCCAGCGCUGGGCGCUUUGACCCUUGGGACGCCGGAGUCCGGGAGCUUCCCUACCCAGCCCAUUCGGACUGGCCUUCAGCAUCGGCACCAGAAGACGCUAUCCAACCAGUGGGAUGGUACGCCCGGAAGUGCACAUUCCUAUGUGGAAUCACCCAUCUCAUCCCCCGGCCAUCCAUCUCACCAUGCGGGGAUUUCGGAGAUCCUCAAAUCGGGCAAGCAUGCUUCCUUGCCGGCCAAGGUCGAUACGCAUAUGCCAGGGUCCGCCCAGGACUUAGAAUCGCAAGAGGCGAAGCGGCGCCGUCGCAGAGCCUCUCACAAUCUCGUCGAGCGCCGGCGGCGAGACAACAUCAAUGAACGCAUCCAGGAUCUGUCCCAUUUGGUACCCCAGCACCGCCUGGAGGAUGACAAGGUUCGCAAGCAGCUUGUCAACAACACUGCCAUGUCUGGUACUGGAGCUACCGCGAACGCUGCAACAUCCCUGCUCGCUGGAGGUAACGGGCGCCGUGCUACUGCUGGUAACAUCACCAUGGGUCUCCCAAUUGAGGAAAAAGAGAAGGGGCCCAACAAGGGAGAUAUCCUCAACGGAGCAGUCGGUUGGAUGCGGGACUUGAUGUGGGCCCUGCACGUCAAGCUCCAACAGGAGUCAGAGCUGGCAGAAUUGAUCAGCAAGCUGGGUGGCACUUGGCCGUUUGAGCAGACCGAGGAGGAAAAGCGCAUGCGCACCGAGAUCCUCGAUGCGCUAGAGAAAAAUGAUCCUAGCUCCUUUGCCUACAGCCGAGCGCCAGGCAGUGGUCUCCGGGUGCCCAAGCACACCAACAUUGCUGGGGAUUCUGUGAGCGGCAACGGAACAUUGAGCCCCCAAAGCCUGAGCCCACCUUUCAACAGUGGCAGCAGCAGCAAUGGCGGGGGCCCUGGACAAGCCCAGUAUUGGAAUACCUCGGGCCAUGCUGGCAUGAGCUUCAAGGAAGAGGACGAAUACGCAAUGGAAAUGAACUAA